GCGGCGGCGGCGGCGGCGGCAGCGGCAGCGCCGGCGGCUCUCGGCGGCUGGAGCCGGAUCCUGUAGCCGGGGUGUGGGCCCGCGUCAGUCCGUCCCUCCUUCGGCCCCCUCUCGUCUUCCGGAGUGUGGCUGGCGGAGCCGCGAUGGCGGAGCGAGGCCUGGAGCCGUCGCCGGCCGCGGUGGCCGCGCUGCCCCCCGAGGUGCGGGCGCAGCUGGCGGAGCUGGAGCUGGAGCUGUCGGAGGGGGACAUCACCCAGAAAGGAUAUGAAAAGAAGAGGGCCAGACUCCUGUCUCCGUACAGCCCACAGACCCAAGAAACUGAUUCAACAGGACAAAAAGACAGAAACCAGACUCCUGCUCCCACUGCGGCUCAGACUUCCGCUCCUUCCAAGUACCAUCGAACUCGAUCUGGAGGGGCCAGAGAUGAGCGCUACCGAUCAGAUAUCCACACAGAAGCGGUUCAGGCUGCCCUGGCAAAGCACAAAGAGCAGAAGAUGGCUUUGCCCAUGCCCACCAAAAGACGAUCCACGUUUGUCCAGUCUCCUGCGGACGCUUGCACUCCUCCUGACACGUCUUCGGCCUCUGAGGAUGAGGGCUCUCUGAGACGCCAGGCCGCGCUCUCUGCUGCCUUGCAACAAAGCUUGCAGAAUGCCGAGUCCUGGAUCAACCGCUCAAUUCAGGGAUCGUCCACCUCUUCAUCUGCAUCUUCUACGCUGUCCCACGGAGAGGUCAAAGGAACCAGUGGGUCUCUAGCUGAUGUAUUUGCCAAUACCCGAAUAGAGAAUGUCUCGGCUCCUCCUGACGUCACUGCAACUACCUCUUCCUCCUCCUCCUCCUCACUUCGCCCAGCAAACAUUGACCUGCCCCCUUCCGGCAUAGUUAAAGGCAUGCACAAAGGAUCCAACAGGUCCAGCCUUAUGGAUACGGCUGAUGGUGUUCCUGUCAAUAGCAGAGUAUCCACAAAAAUCCAGCAGCUUCUCAGCACCCUGAAACGACCCAAAAGGCCCCCCUUAAAGGAAUUUUUUGUGGACGACUCUGAAGAAAUUGUGGAAGUACCUCAGCCAGAUCCCAACCAGCCGAAGCCUGAGGGCCGACAGAUGACGCCAGUGAAGGGCGAGCCCCUUGGAGUCAUCUGUAACUGGCCGCCUGCACUGGAAUCCGCCCUGCAGCGCUGGGGCUCUACCCAAGCCAAGUGCCCCUGCCUGACCGGGCUGGACGUGUCCGGGAAACCAGUCUACACCCUCACAUACGGAAAGUUGUGGAGCAGAAGUUUAAAGUUGGCCUACACGCUGCUUAAUAAAUUGGGGACCAAAAAUGAACCUGUGUUAAAACCUGGAGACAGGGUUGCCUUGGUUUACCCCAACAAUGAUCCAGUAAUGUUUAUGGUGGCUUUUUAUGGAUGUCUCCUGGCAGAGGUGAUUCCAGUACCCAUAGAAGUACCACUGACCAGAAAGGAUGCCGGAGGUCAACAGAUUGGCUUCUUGCUAGGGAGCUGUGGGAUUGCCUUAGCUCUCACCAGUGAGAUUUGUCUGAAGGGCCUGCCAAAAACUCAGAAUGGAGAAAUUGUGCAGUUUAAAGGUUGGCCUCGGCUCAAGUGGGUUGUAACAGAUUCCAAGUACCUUUCAAAGCCUCCCAAAGACUGGCAGCCCCACAUCGCCCCCGCUGGUACAGAACCAGCGUACAUUGAGUAUAAAACAAGCAAGGAGGGGAGUGUGAUGGGGGUCACAGUGUCCCGGCUCGCGAUGCUGUCUCACUGCCAAGCUCUGUCCCAGGCCUGCAAUUACUCGGAAGGAGAGGCCGUAGUAAAUGUUUUAGACUUCAAGAAGGAUGCUGGGCUGUGGCAUGGCAUGUUUGCGAAUGUAAUGAAUAAGAUGCAUACAAUUAGUGUGCCCUACUCUGUUAUGAAGACCUGUCCUCUCUCUUGGGUCCAAAGAGUCCAUGCCCACAAAGCCAAAGUGGCUCUCGUGAAGUGUCGGGACUUACACUGGGCCAUGAUGGCCCAUCGGGACCAGAGGGACGUGAGCCUGAGCUCUCUCCGGAUGCUGAUUGUCACCGAUGGCGCCAAUCCCUGGUCUGUGUCAUCCUGUGAUGCUUUCCUGAGUCUGUUCCAAAGCCACGGACUGAGACCUGAGGCCAUCUGCCCAUGCGCCACGUCUGCUGAGGCCAUGACUGUAGCCAUCCGCAGGCCUGGAGUUCCGGGGGCUCCCUUACCAGGAAGAGCCAUUCUCUCAAUGAAUGGAUUGAGCUAUGGGGUCAUACGGGUCAACACUGAAGAUAAAAAUUCAGCACUGACAGUCCAGGAUGUGGGACAUGUGAUGCCUGGGGGCAUGAUGUGCAUUGUGAAACCAGACGGACUUCCUCAGCUCUGCAAGACUGAUGAAAUUGGGGAGAUUUGUGUCAGCUCCAGGACUGGAGGGAUGAUGUACUUUGGACUUGCUGGUGUGACCAAAAAUACAUUUGAGGUUAUUCCAGUGGCCUCUUCAGGCUCUCCUGUGGGAGACGUGCCCUUCAUCCGGUCAGGGCUGCUGGGCUUUGUAGGGCCGGGUAGCUUGGUGUUCGUGGUUGGAAAGAUGGAUGGAUUGCUCAUGGUUAGUGGUCGGAGACAUAACGCUGAUGACAUUGUGGCUACUGGCCUGGCUGUGGAGUCCAUCAAGACUGUCUAUCGAGGACGAAUUGCUGUGUUUUCUGUGUCUGUGUUUUAUGACGAGCGCAUUGUGGUGGUAGCAGAGCAAAGGCCUGAUGCCUCCGAGGAAGACAGCUUCCAAUGGAUGAGCCGCGUGCUGCAGGCAAUCGAUAGCAUCCAUCAAGUAGGCGUUUACUGUCUUGCUCUGGUGCCUGCCAACACAUUACCAAAAACUCCACUAGGAGGGAUCCAUAUAUCUCAGACGAAACAGCUCUUUCUGGAGGGAUCUCUGCACCCAUGUAAUAUCCUCAUGUGCCCACAUACGUGUGUGACGAACUUGCCCAAACCCCGACAAAAGCAACCAGGUGUAGGCCCUGCCUCUGUGAUGGUCGGGAAUCUGGUUGCCGGCAAACGCAUAGCACAAGCUGCCGGAAGGGACCUGGGGCAGAUUGAAGAGAACGAUCUGGUGAGGAAGCACCAGUUCCUGGCAGAGAUUCUGCAGUGGCGAGCCCAGGCAACUCCUGACCAUGUGCUCUUCAUGCUAUUAAAUGCCAAGGGAACCACCGUGUGCACAGCCAGCUGCCUUCAGCUUCAUAAGCGAGCAGAGAGGAUUGCAUCAGUGCUUGGUGACAAGGGACAUCUAAAUGCAGGGGACAAUGUGGUGUUGCUCUACCCUCCUGGCAUCGAGUUAAUCGCUGCAUUCUAUGGCUGCCUGUAUGCAGGGUGUAUACCUGUGACUGUGAGGCCCCCCCAUGCUCAGAAUCUCACAGCCACAUUGCCCACGGUGCGCAUGAUCGUUGACGUCAGUAAAGCAGCGUGCAUUCUCACCACUCAGACGCUCAUGAGGUUGCUCAAGUCUCGAGAGGCAGCGGCAGCUGUGGAUGUGAAAACCUGGCCAACCAUCAUUGACACAGAUGAUUUACCCAGGAAACGGUUACCUCAGCUGUAUAAACCGCCCACUCCUGAGAUGCUGGCGUAUCUUGAUUUUAGUGUCUCCACAACCGGCAUGCUUACAGGAGUGAAGAUGUCCCACUCUGCGGUCAAUGCCCUCUGCAGAGCCAUCAAGCUCCAGUGUGAGCUGUACUCCUCGCGGCAGAUCGCCAUCUGCCUGGACCCGUACUGUGGUCUUGGCUUUGCACUCUGGUGUCUCUGCAGCGUCUAUUCCGGUCACCAGUCCGUCUUGAUUCCUCCUCUGGAGCUGGAGAACAACCUCUUCCUCUGGCUGGCCACCGUCAACCAGUACAAGAUAAGGGACACCUUCUGCUCCUACUCGGUGAUGGAACUCUGCACUAAAGGGCUGGGCAACCAGGUGGAGGUGCUGAAGACCCGAGGGAUCAACCUCUCCUGCAUCAGGACCUGUGUGGUGGUAGCAGAGGAGCGCCCCCGCAUCACCCUCCAGCAGUCCUUCUCCAAGCUCUUUAAAGACAUCGGUCUGUCCCCUCGUGCUGUCAGCACCACAUUCGGAUCCAGAGUCAACGUGGCAAUCUGUUUACAGGGAACCUCGGGGCCUGAUCCCACGACUGUGUAUGUAGACCUGAAGUCGCUGAGACAUGACAGGGUCCGUCUUGUGGAACGGGGUGCCCCCCAGAGUCUCCUGCUCUCCGAGUCUGGAAAGAUCUUACCUGGAGUAAAAGUGGUUAUCGUUAAUCCUGAGACCAAAGGGCCUGUGGGAGACUCUCACCUGGGUGAGAUCUGGGUAAAUAGCCCCCAUACAGCCAGUGGCUACUACACCAUCUACGAUAGCGAGACUCUUCAAGCUGAUCAUUUCAACACCCGCCUGAGCUUCGGAGAUGCUGCUCAGACUCUCUGGGCCCGGACAGGAUACCUUGGGUUCGUCCGCAGGACCGAGCUCACGGCAGCCACUGGAGAGCGUCACGAUGCCUUGUAUGUGGUGGGUGCGCUGGAUGAGACACUGGAGCUGAGAGGAUUACGAUACCAUCCGAUUGACAUAGAGACCUCCGUGUCCCGAGUCCACAGGAGCAUUGCCGAAUGUGCCGUGUUCACGUGGACCAACUUGCUGGUGGUGGUUGUGGAGCUGUGUGGCUCUGAGCAGGAGGCCCUGGACCUGGUUCCUCUGGUGACCAAUGUGGUUCUAGAAGAGCAUUACCUCAUCGUUGGUGUUGUGGUUGUGGUGGACCCGGGGGUCAUCCCCAUCAACUCCAGAGGAGAGAAGCAGAGGAUGCACCUCCGAGACAGCUUCCUGGCUGAUCAGUUAGACCCUAUCUAUGUGGCCUAUAACAUGUAGCCAGGCCUGUGGGGCCAUCCUAAGGCUCAGAGAGACCCGAGACCCGAGGCUAGGGGCAGGCUUGCAGCUGACAUGAAGAUGGCUCCAGAGUAGCCUGCAUCUCAUCCUGCGUAAUUCUGCAGUCCCAGAACACCCAGGAAAGGGGAAUUCUGCCACAGCGCGUACUAACGCAGUUCCAUGCAUGUUGCAUUUUCCCCGUCUGGUAUACAUACUUGUAUUUUUACCGAAUGUUUAGACUUUUGUAAGGGAGUUCAAUGAAUUCACAUGAAGGGGUUUCUGAGUCCCACAGUUCCCCGCUCUGUACUGUAUUUUGCCAUUUUCCCGUAGUCAGGUGUUCUACGGGGUUUCUUAAUAUGAAACUACCAAGCUUGAGUCAGCCCAUAAGCAAAUCAAAUAACCCGUGUGAGAGCCGCUUUAUGUGUUUAAUUCUCAAUUAUGAACACCUGACCAGUGUUUAAUCGUGUAAAUAAGAGUGCGCAUAACUAACUCAGCUAAGGAACCGAGCAAUCAGCUUGCCUAGCUGCAGCUGGCGCAGCUGGGCUCCCCUGCGCCGAGGGCCUGGUGUGGUGAGACCAGCUUGCCCGGCAGCAGCGCAGCGCCUCCUGUCUGGGGGUGUGUGGAGGGGCACUAGAGCUGCCUGUGUCUGUUUUUAAAGCUUGUAUCCCCAGAAUUAGCUUGAGCUUCUAAGGAUUCUUCAACCCAUUCCUCUGAGCUGAAAAAAAAAAUCUCAUGUUGGAAUUUUCGAGGUAGCUAAGAUUCAUCCGUUCCUAACCCACUGCGGAACUGCAGUAGUUCACUCGGGCCAGUGUUGAAACUGUUUUCGCAUUUAGAGUGACUGCAGAGAAUUGCGAAGUUCUGCUUUUUCCAUGCUCUGUGUCUGCAGGUGUAGAGCUUCCCCCACCCCUGAAAACUGAGGAGUGAGCUCUGUCCUCCGAAGUCUGAGGGCGAUCGCCAGGCUGGGAGGCAGUGGGGUCAGCCAGCUCUUGAACUGUAGGCCACAUGCGCACAUCCUAACACUAACCAGCCCGGGCUGCCGGAAUAGCCAGGCUCCUAGGAAACAGGGAAGUCUGAUGUAUGCAAGAAACUCUUUUGAAAUAACUGGUGCCUGGGCCACACUCAGUGUGGGACUGAGUUUGGCCUCUGGCUCAGUUUCCUUUCUUUGGUCUGAAACUUCAUGUAUUUGAAUAUAGUUAAAUUUUAUUAUUUUUUUCUUACAGAAAUAUUUUUAAAAAUUAAAGAAAACUUCAAGUGAAAAAGAAUUAACCUGUUAAAUCAGAAUGGUUCUCUUUGACCUGUUCUGGUCUAUUGUGUAAAUAUUUAUUUAGACUAUUUUGAUAAUACAUAUUAUUUACCCCACUGUAACAUCCUGUAAACUAAAUGUGUUUUUAAGCAAUUUGUAAGACUUGUAAUUACCCUAAAAAUAUGGUUUAUUAAGCAAAGACCAGACUCUUCACCAGGGCAGCACUCCUGGGCCACCUUCAAUCUCAUGACUCAGCCUCUAUGGCCCCUUCUCCAUAUCGUCCCCCUCCCAGCUCCUGUUCCCCAGAAGGAAGACCUCCAGAGCUCCACUUCAUUUGUGUUUUGGGUAGGAUUGGUUUGCAUGUGAUGAGGGAGGUUGGGGUGUACAGGGAAGGGGUGCUGCCUCCUGGGCAGAGUGACAUCCCAUCCAGGGAUCGCUUCAUCUACAAAGGAAACAGCCUGCUUAUUUUGGAAGUCUUAAAACUGUUUUGCUUUGUUUCUUUAUUUUUUUGUUUAGUUUUGUUUCCUUUGUAGUUUGAGACAGGGUCUUUCCACGUAGCCCAAGCUGGCCUGGAACUCCACCACCCCAUUGCUGAGAUUACAGGCAUGUGUAAACUCUUAAAACAGUUUGUGAUUCUUUACCAAGCAAAGCAGGUGCCUGGGUAUUAAACAUUCUAUGUCAACAAUCUGCAAGUUCUAAGAAAAAAAACUGUAGACCAAUCUAUCUUGAAUGGUAACUCUUAUGAAUGCAAAUUAUUAACUUGUUUUCACCAGCCCGGGACACAUUGUCUGAAUAAUGUGAGCCACAUGUGUAAUUUAAACUUUCCUAAUAACCACUUUUUAAAAAGAGGUUUCAUUGUGUAACCCUAGCUGCUUACUUUCUCUGUAGACCAGGCUGGUGAUAAACUCACAGAUCUUCCUGCCUCUGCCUCCUGAGUGCUGGGAUCAAAUGUGUGCACUGUACCCAGCUGAACACAUCUUUUAAACCUUUUUAAAGCAUAUGAUAUUGAUUUUAAUAUAUUUGCCAAAAGUACUAUUACUUUGAUAUAAAAUUACUGAUUUUUUUUUAAGUUUUGGAAAACCUAUGUGUAUAUUAAACACAUAGGUUUAGUUCAGACUGGCCACUUCAGGUUUCAGUGGCCAGAUGUGGCUAAUGGCUGUCAUGUUGGAGAGUGCGGCCCUGCCACUCCUUCAAGCACAGAACUGUAGCCAGGUCAUCUCACUGUGGCCAGCUCCCAGCGCUUAGGGCAAUGAUCUAGUUGUCAUUCCCGUGUCCUCUUUUCUAAAACAAUACUGGGGUAGAACACUCUACCACUGAGCUCAUCCCAUGUAGCCCAGGCUGGCCCAGAACCUCUGCUUUCUUUCUUCUUCAUCAGAGUGUUGAGUUUGUAGCAGACACCUCCACACCUUGCCUCAGGCCUCUAGCUUUUUACCCCUUUCUGAUAAUGACUACUUCUCCCACCCCCACCCCCAUGGCUUUGCUUUGGGUCCAUCCCCGAAAACCAGAUUAUACUAGUAGGACAAAAGCUGAGCGCUGCCCCUGGAGAGCCUCAUCAGUCCAGGGCCCCUCCUUGACAGGGUUUGUGAUAGACCCCUGAAGCAGACCUUAAUCUCCGACUUU